AUGGAGCGGGCAAUAAAAGAGAGAAAAUUACUAAGAAGGCUAUUCACGAUCAAUGCAAAAAAGCUGGACGAUGCAUUGGAAAAUAGAGAGAUUAAAGAAGCCGAAAUAUAUUAUGAUAAUCUCUGUGAGAAACAGACAGCGCUUAAUGAAAUAGAUAAUAAAAUAUGUUCGUUGUGGCUAGAUGAAGAUAAUAGAAACGAAGCAGAAUUUGAAGCGGACAUAGAUACGACAGAGGAAUACAAAAAUAGAUGGUACGCACUAAAGAGAAAAUAUGCAGAAAUAAUUCGCGCAGAUCGGCAAAUAAGUACUUUACAUGAAACCGAAAGUUCAGCAUCAAAUGGGACGGUAAAAAAUGCAAAAAAUGAACGACGUUACCGUUUACCAAUUCUAGAGCUUCCAAGAUACAAUGGAGAUGUCAAGAAAUGGAUUUUAUUCUGGGGCCAAUACAAAAAGAUUCAUAAUGACGAGAAUAUAGACAACGAAGAUAAAUUUCAGUACCUAUUACAAUGUAUGGAGCCUGGUUCUAGUGCCAGAGAAUUAGUGGAGAGCUUUCCACCAAGUGGAGAUAAUUACUUUAAAGCAUUAGAACACCUAAAACAGAGAUUUGCUCGGGAUGAGUUAAUUAUAGAACAUUACAUAAGAGAAUUGCUGGAUUUGAUUUUACGUCAAGCAAAAGGUAUGGCUAAAAAUUCAUUACGAAAUUUAUAUGACAAGCUCAUGACUCAAAUAUUAGGAUUAGAGACUCUCGGUGUCACUCAAGAUAAGUAUGCAGCUAUUUUAUAUCCCAUGGUAGAGUCAACUAUGCCUGAAGAAGUAUUGAGAGCGUGGAACAGAUCACAGAUGCGAUUAGAGAAGAUUGAAUUGGCUCAAUUAUUAAUUUUUUUACAAAGAGAAGUAGAGUCAGAGGAACGUAUCAGUCAAGCAUGUUCCAAUUUACAUAAAGGAGUUAAUGAUAGUAUUAUUCCAUCAACAGCUUGUUUUACAGUAUCGGAGAAGAAUGGUAAGAAUAAGCCAGAAAACAGAGAGAAAUAUGUGAGCAAUACUUUUAGUGACAAUAAGCCAUGUUGUAUUUGGUGUGAUAAAAACAGUCAUACAAGUUCGGAGUGUAUGAAAGCACAAAAGAUGUCAUUAGAAGAACGUAGAACACACUUGAAAGAGAAGAAUUGCUGUUAUAUAUGUAUGAAGAAGGGACACAGUGCUGCCAAAUGCAGAGCAUAUCCCAAAUGUUUGAUUUGCAGUCGACGACAUUUUACUCUAAUGUGUAAUAAUUUACAGAAUCCUCUACAACAGUCUAGAUCGACGAGUAUGACGUCAUCAAGUUCGGAAAAUAAUACAGGGACGACAUCGAGUAGCGACAGAGGAGUUGUAUUGAGUCAAACAUCGGGUUUGUUGUCUAAAUGUCAAACUGUCUUAUUACCAACACUGAAGGUAAAUAUUGUUUUUGAUAAUAAUAUUGUGUCAGUUAGGACGUUAUUGGAUUCAGGAGCACAACGUUCUUUUAUUAAAAAAGAUAUUAUUGAAAAUCUAAAAUUAAAACCUAGUAGUACGGAGGUUGUAAAACAUAAUUUAUUUGGUGGCAUUACAAGUAAAGAAAGUUGUCGUAGUUUGUACAAUUUAAAUAUUUCAAAUAUAGACUGUUCAUAUAGUUUACAAAUAGAAGCUUUAGAGGAAAAGGUUAUAUGUAAUUACUUGCCUAAAAUUAACGACUUUGAGAUUUCAAACAAGCUAAGGAGGCAGGGUAUUGUAAUAAAUGACAAUGACAAUGUAACAGACAUAGGUUUGUUGAUAGGAGCAGACAUGAUAGGCACGUUGCUCAUAGGCCGUGUAGUUCAAAUUACUGAUAAAUUAGUUGCUUUAGAAACUAAAUUAGGAUGGACUGUACAGGGACCUAUUCAAGCUACGUCAUGUCUUUCUGUCAUUAACAGCAAUAUUAUAAAUGUAUGUCAUUGUACUUUUGAUAUUGCCGAUUUAUGGAAGUUAGAGACAAUGGGUAUUUCUGACCCAGAAGUGGUAAAAAAGCGUAAUGAAACUGAUUUGGAAAUAUUAGAAUAUUUUAACAGUACAGUCAGGCUAAAUAAUUAUGAUAGGUAUGAAGUGAACCUUCCUUGGAAAGAUGGUGGAUAUAAAAUGCAGCUUGUGACUAAUUAUGAAAUUGCAUUGAAACGAUUAAAGUCGACUACUACUAAAAUAACUCAAUUGGGGAUACUCAAGGAAUAUGAUGAAGUUUUUAAAGAAUGGUUGCACAGUGGUAUAAUUGAGAAAGUAAAUAAUCCGAAUUCAAAACAAGGUCAUUAUCUGCCACAUCAUGCUGUUAUUAAGGAAUCCAGUUUAACAACAAAAAUUAGACCUGUAUUUAAUGCAUCAGCAACUCAAAAAGGUAGUAUUUCUUUGAAUAAUUGUUUGGAAAAGGGUAAUAAUUUGAUAGAGCUUAUACCACCCUUAUUGAUUAAAUUUCGAAAAAAUGCUAUCGGUAUUACGGCUGAUAUAAAAAAGGCAUUUUUACAAAUUUCAUUAAAACCCGAUGAUAGAGAGUACUUAAAAUUUCUUUGGUGGAAAGACGUCAAUAAAACAGAUGGAGAUAUGGUAACGUACCGUCACUGCAGAGUAGUCUUCGGAGUAACGUGUAGUCCCUUCCUUCUUUCAGCAACCAUUUUAUACCAUUUAAAUAAGUACGAUAACCAUACAGCGAACGUACUGAAAAGUGCAUUUUAUGUCGAUAAUUGUGUAGUAAGCGUAGAUAGUAAAAAAGAGAUGGAAACCUUUAUAAGCGAGUCAAAGUCAAUUAUGCUUAAAGGAGGUUUUGAGUUACGAUGCUGGGUAACUGGACCACAUAUGGUAGAUAAAAAUGUUGAAACUAUAUCGGUACUAGGUUUAAUGUGGGAUCCAAAGCGAGAUGAGACUUUUUGCAAAAUUCCUCAAUUCAAUUCAGAAUAUAAAGUAACAAUGAGGACUCUUUUGUCAUGUACUCAUAGUAUAUUUGAUCCCUUGGGAUUUUUCUGUGCUGCGACAUUAUUACCAAGGUUGUUAAUUCAAAAGUGUUGGCAGUUAAAACUUAAUUGGGAUGACGAAGUACCUGAUUCUAUAGAAAAACCGGCAAAAGAAUGGAUGAAUCAAAUAGGUAUUUUACAGGACUGUCAUUUACCACGCCGUUUGAGUGACACAUCAUUAAAAAAUAGCAACAAAUCUUUACAUAUAUUUAGCGACGCUAGCCAAUUAGUAUUAGCUAAAAACAGAAUAACUCCACCAAAACCAACUUUAACUAUACCUCGACUUGAGUUACUGUCCGCAUUGAUGGCAAGCAGACUUGCAGAUCAAGUUAAAAAAGCAAUGGAAUUAGAAUCGUGCAAAGAAUAUUACUGGUCUGACUCUAGUAUAGUUUUAUCCUGGUUUACUAAAAGUGAUUUAAAUGUUUAUGUACACAAUCGGGUAAAAGAAAUUAAAGAGAAGACAAACGUAAAUAAUUGGCACCAUAUUCCAGGAAAUUUCAACCCCGCUGAUUUACCUUCGCGUGGCUGUAACCCUCAAAGUUUAAUUAAUAGUAAAUGGUGGAAUGGACCGGACUGGUUACUAAAACCAGAGUCAGAAUGGCCGUUCUCAGCAAUCAACCCAGAUAUUAAUGAGGUAAACAAAGAGAUUAUUAAGAGGUGUCUUGUGGUUAAGAAACAUGAGAACUUUACUGAAAAUCUGACAUACUUUUCUGAUUUCAAUAAAAUUGUAAGAAUGAUAGGAUGGUGUUAUAGAUUUGUAAAUAAUUCAGGAAAGAAGAAUAAUAAACUACAUGGAAAUUUAAUUGCAGAAGAGUAUGAAUACGCGGAGAUGAAAUUAUUACAUUUAAUUCAGAAAGAGACUUUUAACGAGGAAUAUAUAAAAAGAUUGAAAUUAGAAACAUUUAGGGACGGUGAAAAUAUAGUAAGAGUAAAGACACAUGUGACAUUGUCUGACGAUACUAAUAAUUUUAUAAGACCAAUAUUACUACCAGGUAAAAAUAUAUUAAUAGAACGUCUAGUAAGGCUGAAACAUAAAGAAACAUUACAUGCUGGAUCUCAAACUUUAAUAAACUGCGUACGAGAACAGUACUGGAUUAUUGGAAUUCGGCGUUUAGUAAAAAGUAUUAUUAGACAUUGCGUUGCAUGCAGAAGACAUAAUUCUCGACCGUACACUGUUCACAGUGCACCUCUUCCGGCCGAUCGUGUUCGAUGUGGUGCUGCCUUUGAAGCUACAGGAAUCGAUAUGGCGGGACCCUUAUAUUUAAAAUCCGGUGACAAGUGUUGGGUUGUAUUGUUCACCUGCGCAACUUAUAGGGCUAUCCAUUUAGAACUAUGUACAUCUUUAUCUACAGAAGAUUUUCUGUUGUCACUUAGGAGAUUUUUAGCACGUAGAGGUAGAGUACGUACUAUUUAUAGUGACAAUGGAACGAAUUUCCGUGGAGCGCACAGUUUAUUGAAUAAAAUCGAUUGGGCAGAAAUAAGCAAGAAAUCUUCCAUUCAAAAACUACAAUGGAAAUUUAUACCCCCUAAUGCGCCGUGGUGGGGAGGAUUUUGGGAGAGACUGAUUAAAAUGUUAAAAGAGUUAUUGCGGAGAAUGUUGGGAAAAGCGGCUCUACAUUAUACAGAAUUAUUAACUAUCUUGACAGAAUGCGAAGCUAUUUUAAACAAUAGACCUCUUACAUAUAUUACGGAAAAUACGGAAAAUUUGAUGCCGUUAACACCUUCUAUGUUUAUAAAUUGUUUAUCAUACGACGUUUCAGAUUUAGAUGAAGUAAAUACAGAAUCAUUAAAUAAUCGUUUAAAAUAUAUUCAGAAAUUAAAGAACGAUUUUAAAGUGCGUUUUAGGAAUGAAUAUUUAGCUAUAUUAGCCCAAAAGACACAAAAUAACAGAAUACAAAAGGGAUUACAUGUUAAAGUCGGUGAUAUUGUUCUUAUUGAGAUCAAUGAUACGAAGAGAGUUAACUGGCCAUUAGCGAUUGUGGAAGAAUUGUAUCCAGGGGUUGAUGGUCAUGAAAGAGUAGCUCGUCUCAAGACAACAUAUGGAGAACGCAUAAGACCAUUACAAAGACUUUAUCCUUUGGAAAUAUCCACAGUAGAUCCUAUUGCAAAAGAAGCAAUAGCGGUACUUCCUAAAACCACAAGAUCGGGGCGUGUAAUUAAAAUUCCGCAAAGAUUACUCGUGUAA